CCCCUGCGGCUCCACAGCCCCCGCUUGCUGAUGGGGCGACCAGCUGAUGGAAGGAGACGCCACGCCCCCGAGCGGGCGCAGUUCCCCCCAGGCCGGUUCCAAACGCUGUUCUCGUUUCAGGCGCGCUCUUCGGAGAAGCCGGCGCCUGCGCAGUGAGCAUAGAAACCGAGCUCCUGCUAGAGCAGCUGAAAGAGCAGCUCCAGGACCUGAGGAUCCAGCUGGAGACCCAGGUCAAUUACUACGAGCGGGAAAUGGAGCUGCUGAAAAGGAGCUUUGAGAGGGAGAGGAAGGACAUUGAGCAAGGCUUUAAGCUGGAGAUCAGCGAGCUGGAAGAGCAGAAGGCCGACCUGGAGCAGCUCAACAUGAAAUCCCAGGAGGUGAUCGAUGGCUUGAGAGAGCAGCUGCAGAAAUGCGCUCCCAGCCCGGAGCUGGAGCAGAGGCUGGAGACGGAGCGGUCGGAGAUGGAGCAGUAUUAUGCCAAAGAGAUUUGCAGCCUGGGCCAGCGGCUGGCUCAGGAAAGGGACCAGCUGGAAGAGGAGCUGAGGGUGCAGCACAGGAAGGAGCUGCAGUCGAUGAGGACACACGUGGAUGAACUGCAGAGAGAGAAGGCAAAGGCGCUGUCGGAGACAGACAAGUUAAAUCAGCUGGGCUGCCAGGUGCAGGAGCUGGAGGAGGAGCUGGAGCGGGCGAGGCAGGAGUGCCAGACGCUGCGGCUAACGGUGGUCCAGCUGAGGGAGGAGCUGGAGGAAAGGCAGGACCAGUUACUGGAAGCCAGCACAGGGCAGAGCCUGGCCCAGGUGCAGCACAGGCAGGAGCUGCAGCAGCCCCCGGGGCAGCCGGGCCACAUCAUCUGGCGCUGCGGCUGA